AUGGCGAACAAGUUUACAAUUAUUCUGCUGCAGCUAAGUGUGGUAGCUGUUUGUGUACAAGCAAACACAUGGCACAGUAGUAGGCUUAUCCAUCCAGUGCGUAGAUUUGCCCCAACAUCACCAUAUUUGGCAGCAAAACGUAUCAUCGGUGGAUUUGCGAUCGACAUCACGGACGCCCCAUACCAGGUGUCCGUCCAGCGCAACAAGGGACACGUCUGUGGAGGAUCAAUUCUGAACAGAAAGUGGAUCCUUUCAGCAGCACACUGUUUUGACGAAGAGUCACUAGCGAUAACGACUGUACGGGUGGGAUCAUCGGAGCAUGCAUCCGGUGGUACCGUCAUGAAGCUGGCACGCAUCAUACCUUAUCCGCAUCAUAGCUCCAGCACCAACAAUUACGAUAUCGCGCUGCUGGAACUGAAGGACGAGCUUACCUUUAGCAACAAGAUACAGCCGGUUGUGCUGCCGGAGCAGGAUGAACCAAUCGUGGAAGGAACCAUGGGUAUCGUGUCUGGUUGGGGACUGACGCUAAACGAAGCUGAAUCCAACGAUGUUUUACGAGCUACCAACGUACCGACUGUGAAUCAGCAGGAAUGCAACAAAGCCUACCAGUCGUAUGGUGGAAUUACAAAGCAAAUGUUUUGCGCCGGGUAUAAGCACGGUGGCAUGGACACGUGUCGGAGAGAUUCCGGUGGGCCUUUCAUUGCCGAGGGCAAGCUGAUUGGUGUUGUCUCUUGGGGUCACGAAUGUGGUGCCGCUGGCUAUCCGGGAGUGUAUGCGCGCGUGGCUAGCGUGCGCGAAUGGAUUCGUGAGCACAGUGGUGCAUAAGCGGGACUCUUCGAAGG